UGUCGGCGACAAACAAACAGACAUGGCGCCGCUGUACCAGGCGUGAAUGCGUGGUUAUUAUAUAAUGUUAUUGUCUCGUAAAACAGUAUUAAUAAUAAAUUAUUAAUCAUUCUUAUUAUAAUCAGCGAGUGAAUUGUAAGUGAUGGAGAACGUCGGAGAAGUGGAAGUGAUUAUUCCGGGUGACGAGGAGAGAAAUGCACCUCAAUGUCCACAUGGACCUGCUGUUUUGUUUCAGGUCAAGAGUGGGAAGAGAUUUUAUGCCUGCUCUGCAUGUCGAGACAGAAAAUACUGCAGCUUCUUUCAGUGGGAGAGUGAAAAGGUAUCAGAGGAACGACUGCAUGCGAGAGAGGAGCAGAACCGGUUGAAGAAGCCCUUGUUCACUCAUACGCAAUACUGCAGGAGGUUCAGGGAGUUUGUUUCCCUGCCGCUGGAUCAGAGGAGGUUCUGUGUGGACUGUCAGCUCCUGCUCCUUCCUGACGAAUGGAGCGCUCACGCCUCGCACCGGGCGCUUUCUGACGACAUCACAGUGGCUCGUCUAAGAAGGCCCAGUCUUCUGCUGCGUGCUCUGGAGAAUAAGAAGAGCAAUGCGCAGUACCUGUUUGCUGACCGCAGCUGCCACUUCCUUCUGGAUGUGCUCUCUGGAUUAGGAUACCGGAAGGUUCUUUGCGUUGGGACGCCAAGAUUACAUGAGCUGAUUAAGAUCCGGAGCACCGAGGACAAGACUCGUGCCAUGAAGAGUUUAUUACUGGAUAUUGAUUUCAGAUAUUCCCAGUUUUAUCCCCAGGAUGAGUUUUGUCACUACAACAUGUUUAAUCAUCACUUCUUCGAUGGAAAAGAAGCAGUUGAAGUUUUCAUGGACUUCCUGACAGAGAGAGAUGGUAAUAAAGUGGUGAUGGUCACAGAUCCACCUUUCGGAGGUCUGGUGAAGCUUCUAGGCCACACGUUCUCCAACAUAUCACACACAUGGAGGCGGCUACAGGGAAACGACAGCGGCGGCUCCCAGAUGCCCAUCAUCUGGAUAUUUCCCUACUUCUUUGAACCGAGGAUCCUCGACUGUUUCCCUGCCUUCACUAUGUUGGAUUACCAGGUGGACUACGAUAACCAUCCCCUGUACAAACAGGGGACGACGGGCCGUAAGCAGUCCCCGGUGCGACUGUUCACUAACCUCAGUCCAAGAGACGUCGUCCUGCCGGAGGAGGAAGGCUACCGCUUCUGCAGCGUCUGUAAGAGAUACGUCUCAGCAGAGAACCGACACUGUGACGUCUGUAACGCCUGCACAUCAAAGAACGGAAGACCGUGGAGACAUUGUGCUGAAUGUGGACGGUGUGUGAAGCCGUCAUGGCGUCACUGUUCCCCCUGCGGACGCUGCGUCCUUCCGGAUCACCGCUGCGGACAAACGGGCUGCUACAACUGCGGCGAUCCUGGACACAAACACAAAGCCUGUCCUCUCAAACACAAGAAAACCGUACAGAGCGUUAAAGGGGAGUCCAGACACGACAGCAACGAGCGCAUGGCUAAAAAAAGGAAAAACAAGAACGCACACAGGAACAAGAAGAAAAAGGUCACAUGACUCACCGGUGCUCUGAUACGUCCAGCGUGGACGACUGGAGUAAAAUGUACUGCGCCUUCUUGUGUUUUACUUAAUAAACUUUACCCUUUUACGCUG